AUGCCCAAACCCAGAACAAGACGCGGCGCUGAUCGCGAAGAGAAGAAGAGAAAGAGACUCGAAGAUACCGAACAGCAGCAGUCACACGAGAACGACUCUAAGCGCCAGCGCACUUUCGAAGACGACGACAACAACAAUGGCUACGACUAUCAAGGCCAAGAUCUUCAACAGGAUGGCCCUGGUGAAACCGAGUUCUUCGGCAUGCUUGCUGAAGAGGAGCAAGAAUACUUCCGACGGGCCGACGAAAUGCUAGAAUUGAACCAAUUCCCCUCGACUGAAGACCGCGACAUCUUCCUCGAAAAUGUUUACAAGGAGGCUGAAGGCAAGGAGCUCAAGCUCGCCAGCAGUCAAUCUUGCUCGAGACUGAUGGAGCGAAUUAUUCAACUCUCCAAUACUGCACAGAAGAAGCAUCUCUUUGAGGCUUUUGGCGGACACUUCCUGUCGCUUGUUCAGCACCGAUUCGCCAGUCACUGCUGUGAAGCCCUCUUCUUGCGCUCGGCAGGUGUCGUAUCGCAGGAGCUUUCUGGCUUUGUGGUUGACACCAAGGGCACUGAUGCAGACAUAACUAAGCCUGAGACCUCAAUGGAAGAUCAUUUCCUGGCUACACUCGAUGAGCUCGAAGGUGCUCUGUCCUAUCUUAUCACUGAUCGGUUCGCAUCCCACACUCUGCGUGUGCUCUUGCUCAUUCUGGCUGGUCGACCUUUGGAAGAUGCUUCAGUUCGAAGUCUCGUCAAGAGCAAGAAGAAGGAGAAGAUUUCCGUUGCCGGAUCUAGCGCGACAGAUGAAGCGAACCAGGGUUUGAGAGCGGUGCCUACAUCUUUCGGCUUGGCAGCUAAGAAGAUUAUCCAGGACUCGACUGCUGGAAUGGAUGCUACUGCCUUGCGAGUGCUCGCCAGACAUCCUGUCGGAAACCCUACGCUGCAACUUCUGCUUGAGCUCGACCUUACGCUUAACAAGAGUGACCAAAAAGCAGAGUCUGAUCAACCGACUCUACUCUUUCAGCUCCUGCCUGGUGCUCCCAAAUCUUUGCAUGACGGUUCUUCGGAGGCUUCUGAGUUUAUCAACGGCAUGAUCUACGAUCAAGUCGGUUCACGACUUAUUGAAACCCUUAUCACCCACUCCCCCGGCAAAGUCUUCAAGGCCAUGAAUCAGAACAUCUUCCUGCCCAGAAUCGAGGGCUACGUCCGAAACGACAUCUCUUCAUACGCUGCCAUCCGCGUUCUCAAUCGACUGAGCAAAGACGAUCUUGUCCAGGCCGUGGAGAAGAUUGCACCCACUGUGCCUCAACUGGUCGCCAAGUCUAGACUCAACGUUCUCAAGACACUGUUCGAGAGAUGCCAUGCUCGUGGUGCCAACGACGAGAUCAAGAAGCUUAACAAGGGACUGAAGGAGGGAUGCGGCAAGACACCAGCCGACCUGGUUACUUUCCUUUGCGGCCUGAAAGAUGACGAAAAGAAGCAGAAAGAUGUUCAGCAGUUGUCCAAGAACGAAUACGCUAUUCAAUCUCACGGAGCUCAGCUCCUAACUACUCUCCUCUCGAUCCCCGGUCCUACCAAGGGCGUCCAGGAGUCUCUUCUUGCUCUCGAGCCAGCUACCAUUGUUCGCCUCGCCACCACCUCUAUGCCUACAGUCACCGUCCUCACAACCGCCUUGUCCAUCUCCUCCACAAACCCUGCUUUCCACAAGUCCAUUGCCAGUGCCAUCAUGCCUCAUACCCAUGAGCUUGCCGUAUCGCAAUUUGGCCACAACCUGAUCAACGCUAUUGUCGAAGUCCCCAGCAAGGGCAGGGAGCGAAGCAUCCCUUUCCACAUGAAGGAGGCCUUUAUGGCACUGCUUGGUGAACACGAGGCAGAACUUCGAGACAGCUGGAUGGGUAGAAGUGUCUGGCGUAACUGGAAGGGCGAUAUGUGGAAGACUCGUCGUGGAGACUGGAAAAUCUGGAUGAAAGAGGUCGAUGCCAACAUUCCUUCAACCCUGCCUCACCGGGGACCCAAAACUACCGAGAAAGAGAAGCCCAAGCCCAGACAUACCCGGGAGGCUGUAGAUGAGCCUGUUGUCCAGGAGCCUGUUGUCCAGGAACCUGUUGCUGAAGUUACUGCUGUUGAGGAGGACAGGAUGGACGUGGACGAGCCAGCUCAAGAAGCCCAGGAUGAUGAUGAAAUCAAGAAGAAGAAGAGCAAGAAAGAUAAGAAGGAGAAAAAGGAGAAAAAGGAGAAAAAGGAGAAAAAGGAGAAAAAGGAGAAGAAGAAGAAGAAGAGUAAGUCUGAUGAGGACAAGGUAGAUGAAGAGUAA